GUGGAACCCGCCCUAUCCCCGCCUGCCGUCAAGCAGAACGGACUUGCUCUCCAGCUUCUCAAGAUGGCGGACUCGGCUCAGUUCACUGAGAACGGUGGUGCCGGGGCGGGUCCCGACGGCUUCGAUGCAGCCUUCUACAGUUUCGGCGGCCCGGCGGAGAACGAGACAUUCGGCGAGUCGAAAGCCAAUGGGGCUAAGGGCGUCGGCGGCGAGCAGGGCCACGAGGCCCCGGGCCGCGUGGGAGAUGGGGGCCAUGAGCAAUCGCAACAACAGCAACCUCUGCCACCGCCCAAGGAGAUGGAAGGGUCGAAGAUCAACGCCAGCAAGAACGAGGAUGACGAGGGGAAGAUGUUUAUUGGUGGACUCAGCUGGGAAACAAGCAAGAAAGAUUUAAGGGACUACUUUUCUAAAUUUGGAGAAAUUGUAGACUGCGUAAUCAAAAUGGAUCCUGUGACUGGGCGUUCGCGAGGAUUUGGGUUUAUCCUCUUCAAAGAUCCUGAAAGUGUAGAAAAGGUAUUAAAUAAAGAACACAAACUUGAUGGAAGAGUUAUUGAUCCCAAGAGAGCACAAGCUAUGAAAGGCAAGGAGCAGAUCAAGAAAAUCUUUGUCGGUGGGUUGGAUCCUGACUGUCCAGAAGAAAAAGUGAGAGAAUACUUUGGAACUUUUGGAGAGAUUGAAUCCAUUGAACUUCCCAUGGACACAAAGACCAACAAAAGGAGAGGAUUCUGCUUCAUCACAUUCAAAGAGGAUAACCCAGUGAAGACAAUUAUGGAGAAAAAGUUUCAUGAUGUUGGAACGAGCAAGGUUGAAAUCAAAUUGGCCCAGCCAAAGGAAGUCUACCAGCAACAACAGUGGGGAGGCAGAGGUGGAUUCACUGGAAGAGGACGAGGUAGUGGAGGACAAAGUCAGACCUGGGGUCAAAGCUACAACAGUAACUAUUGGAACCCAAGUUAUGGAAAUUAUAACUAUGGCUAUAACCAGAAUUAUGGUGGAUAUAGUGGCUAUGACUACCCAGCAUACAACUAUGGCUAUUAUGGUUAUGGACAGGGAUAUGGUGAUUAUAACAAUACACCGUGGAAUAGCGCUUAGCUGUCCUUUGAGCUGCACCACCCAGCAACCCACCGAUUUAACCCUAGCCUAAUUACGGGACAAUUAGCAAUGAACAAGUAACCUGCAAACUGGUGCGUCUUUGGACUAUGGGAGGAAGCUGGAGCACUCGGUGGAAACACGCAUCCACGGGGAGGACAUACAAGCUCCUUACGGAGGACACCGGGUUUGAAUUUCAAACUCCGAUGCCUCGAACUGUAAUAGUGUCGCCUUUACUACAGUACUGCGAUGGUUAACUCAGUAAAUUUCUGCCAAAGUGUAAAUGUCUACCAAUUUGUGUACAGCAGUACCUGAAAAACAGCAAUACAUUUAAUAAAUUUAUUAUCUAUUUAAAAUGUUUGUUGAGGAAUAUGAAGUAUUGAUAAUGAAACCCCUUUAUAGUGAGCUUCUCUAGAGAUGCAGCUCGUUAGCCCCUCACUAACAGCCACUGGACUCAACCGUGAGAAAACGACCUUUGUCAAAUUCUGUUUAUCUACGGUCAGUAUGACUUAAGUCCCGCUAAAACUGGAAAGUUGGGAUGUCUCAACCAACCAAACCCCAAUCUGUACAAAUACUGCCCCCAUGCAAUUUGCCGUCAGCAAGAAAUAACUGAUUGUACACUGCAUACGAUUAUAAAGAAAAUAUAUUUAUAAAUCUCAUUCUUAUUGAACAGUUAGUAGGAAAAAGAAAAGAAAAAAAAUAACGGGCCCAUUACAGUUAACCCAGUCCAAAUGUGCACACAAGUCAAAACUCAUCUUAGUUGUCUUUAACUCGCAUGCUGGACCCAUGGUUUGCAUGAAAGCUCACACCACCUUCCGAAUCUCACUCAAAAUCCAACUCAAGCAAACAGACUCCCCCACCUGUGUUUUGGUCCUUCCUUGAAGCCAUUCAUGUGCAGAAUGUACCUUGUGCAACAGUGAUGGAAUCCUUAGCUAUCUUCCCUCCUGUCUUUUACCAGCUCCCAGGUCAGUGUCCUGUCACAAAAACUUCUCUGCCCAACGUUCUCUAGAACCUUUUCCCAACUCUAUCAUCCUUAUUGGCUGACAUAACAUUCCUCAGUUGAGCAAUAUAGCCCUUCAUUAGCUCAAACCCAAACAUGCUAAAAGCAAAACAGACUGGUCUUACAGAACUGCUAAAAUGAAAUAUCUACAGCAUAGCAGUAAAAAUCUUAUGCAGGGUGUUACAGCUACAAUUGGGCCACCGGCUCUUUCCCAGCUCUCCACGCCUGGUAGUGAGCAUAACAUUUUGCAGAGCUAGUGCUCGGAAGAUUGUGGUUUCAAUUCUCGCCACUGUCUGUGAGGAGUUUGUAUAUUCUCUGGUUUCCUUCCACAUUCCAUAGAUUCACAGCUUAGAGUUAGUAAGUUGUGGGCAUGUGAUGUUGACACUUGAAGGCUGCCCCAGCACAUCUUUGGGUGUUGAUGCAAACGAUACAUUUCAUUGCAUGUUUUGAUGUACAUCUGACAAAUAAAGAAUCUUUUUAUUUGAUCUUUAA